AUGGCUGAAGAACAUGAAUUUCAAGCCCAAGAUCAAGGUCACAGAUUAUGUGCAAAUAAUUGUGGAUUUUUUGGAAGCCCAUCAACUUUAAAUUUAUGCUCAAAAUGUUUCAGAGAUAUACGUUUGAAAGAAGAACAAGGAGCUCUUGCGAAAGCCGCUUUAGAUAACACCAAAAUCCCCGUUUACCCGAAUCCAAAUCCGAACCCGAGCCCGGGUUCAUCUACCCAGUUAAAGAUACCCGUAUUGGUGGAAGUGGGUUUGAUCUCAACCGUUGAGAUGAAGCAGCAACAAAGAAAUGAAAAACGCUGA